CCCGUUACACUGGGGGGAUAGCCUAGCUCACGAGGAAUAACCAGAGGAAUAGCCCUAUUUUUACACAAUGUUAUCAAGUGGAUGGACAGUAAACAAAACCCUCUUGUUGAUGAACUGAGAAGGAUUGAGAAGAUUUACUCUAGACUGGGGCUGCAUCUUGGAUCUUGGCUCUUUGAGAAAUGCCGGGGCUAACGAGGAACUGUGUUUUUUGGGUUGUGUCUGCCAUCCUUCUGACAGGAUACUUUGACACGGAUGCUUCGCAUGGGGUUGCUAUGGAUAGAGGUUUGGUAGUGAAACACUUGAAUUCUCAAGACCUCUCUGGGAUUUCAAGACAACUGGAGUCAGAUGAAGGUCUGGAGGCCUUGACCCACAAGACAUACAAAGGAAAGGGUGCUAUUUCUAGACGAAAGCGGAAUAUUCUUUUUCCCAGUGGAGUGAAGCUUUGUUCUCAAGAGACUGUAGACCAGGCGAUAGAAAACCAUCUGAAGUACUUUCACCAGCGAGUGUGUCAGGAGACGGUGUGGGAGGCGUUCAAGAUCUUCUGGGACCGUCUACCUGAGAGAGAUGAGUACCAGGCCUGGGUUAACUUAUGUCAGGAUGGAACUGUCAGCGUGAUGGAGAUUGGCAGCAACUUCAGCCGAUCAGAGGAGCACGUCUCUCUUGUUAGGGCUAGAGUGGUGAUGACUGCUGCUCUGAAUAGCGAGCCCACAAGCUCAGGGUCCAAAGUGUGCAGUCCAACCGCGGCAACUCCACCAGAAUUGGCCACCACCCAAAAAGACAAUGAAGUCAUUGUCGUACAGCCAGACACCUUCCCAACCUUGCGAGGAGAUGUUGACGUCAUUCCUGUCAUUACUGCAGAGCCAGUUGAGGAGGUCACAGAGAUGGUCCCGCCAGAAACGACUGACUCUGUGACUGAAGAUGCUGACAUUGACGUCACCUCAGAGACCGACGAGACAAUACAGGAGAUAGGAGAGGACGCCACUACCGAAGCUGCCUUUGACAUCAACUCCGAAACAGCAGUUGAAGUCAUUGCUGAGACUAGCGAUGAGGCUGUCCAGGAGGUUAAUAUGGCUGCUGUUGAGGAAACAUCCGAUGCUACCUCAGAUGACACUGUGGAGAUCACACCUGAACCUAUUGUCACUGUCAUCCACGAGCCCAUUAAUGAGGUUAUUGGGAAAAUGUAUGAGGAAGUAAUCUCAGAUACCACACACAAUACAGUGGAGGAGGCAGAAGAGGCCGCUGCAGAGGUCCCAACAGAAGCUGCCAUUGUGAUCCCUAUAGAGGUCCCAUCAGAGGCUGCCAUUGAGAUCCCUGCAGAGGUCCCUUCAGAAGCUGCCAUCGAUAUGCCUGUUGGGUCCACAGACAAGGAUAUCCCAGAACCUGAAAUAACAUUUAUUCCAGAAACUUCUUUGGAGGACAUUUCUGAAACCACUUCUGAAGCGCCUUCGGAGGCUGCCACAGAAAUCACUUCAGAUACCAUGUACAAGGAGAUCACAGAGGGUACUACAGAAAUCACUUCAGAUACCAUAGACAAGGAGAUCACCGAGGCUACUACAGAAAUCACUUCAGACACCAUAGACAAGGAGAUCACAGAGGGUGACACAGAAAUCACUUCAGAUAUCAUAGACAAGGAGAUCACAGAGGGUGACACAGAAAUCACUUCAGACACCAUAGAUGAGAAGAUUAAAGAGGCUGCCAUAGAGGUCACUUCAGAUACCACAGAUGAGGAGAUCACAAAGGCUGCGGUAGAAGAAAACAUCACUUUGGAGACCACUUCAGACAUUGCUACCAAGGCAACGUCAGAAGAUACUACAGAUGAGGAUAUUCCAGAGGAUGCAGCAGAAUUAACUCCAGACAUUUCUCCAGAGGACACUUCUGAGACUACAGAUGAGGAAGCUGCAGCAGAGUUGACUCCAAAAGUUUCUCCAGAGGACAAUUCAGAGCCUGAAGCUGCCAUGGAGAUCCCUUCAGAGGGUUCAGAUGGAGACGUUCAUGAGCUCCCUGUGGAGGUCACCUCAGAGGCUACCGUAAAUGUUGCCCCAGAAGACACUGAAGAGGAGACCCCUGAGAUUUUAGAGGAAGUUAUCUCAGACGCCACAACGCAUUUGAUUCUCGAGGCUACUGAGGAGAUCACUCCAGAGGCUGUGCUAGAGGAUACUUUGGCCACUACUACUAAUGAAGUGGUAAUAGAGAUUGGUCCUGAGGAAGAAGUCACUCCAGAAACUUCCGUAAAUGCCGUUCCAGAGGAUGUAACAGGGAUCACUGAAGAAGCAACAAUAAAGGCUGAAGUCACUCCUGAGGCUGAAGUAGAGAUGAAGGAAGUUACGGUGGAGGUCACCUCAGAAGCCACUUUGGAGGUCACUCCUGAGGUUGAAGUAGAGGUAACUCCAGAAUAUGUAGUGGAGGAACCUCCAGAGGCUGAGGAGAUUACAGAAGAAACUGCAGUAGAGGACAAUCCCGAGGUGGAGAUAGAGGUAACUCCGGAGUCUACUGAAGAAGUUCCUGAGGAAGCAGAAGAGGUCCCUUUGGAGACUGCAGUGGAAGACACUCCAGAGGCUGUAGAAGAAAUCCCCCCAGAGACUGUAGAGAUAACGCUGGAAGCUGCUGAAGAAGACUCAAGAGAAACUGUAGAAGAAAUAGUUUCAGUGACUCCAGAAGAGAUAACACCAGAACCUUCAGACGAAGAAAUUCCAGAAACUUCAGAGGAGGAAAUUCCAGAACCAUCAGAGGAGGAAACUCCAGAGGCUUCAGAAGGGGUCCCAUCUGAGGCAGUAGACGAGAUCAUUCCAGAAGCUACAGAAGAGGCUUCCAAAAAGAUAAUUACAGAAACUACAGAAGAGGCUUCCGAAGAGAUCAUUUUAGAGCGUUCAGAAGCUGCAGCAGAGAUAACCACAGAGGCUGCAGGUGAGUCCACACCAGAGGCGACACAGGAGGCUGCUGUGGAGAUUACUCAUGAGGUCACCACUGAAACUGGAAUUUUGACGGACACAGAGGAGAACAAUAAUGGCGAUCGUUAUAGGGAUGCAGAGGAGAACAAUAAUGGUGGUCGUUAUAGGGUCACAGAAGAACCAGAAGAAACAAAUGAUGACUUCCUGGGGAUCCAAGAUAUCAUAACAGAGGUGGAAAACACACUGGGCAAUGAGGUCGAGGACAUCAUGACGAGGCCGUCCACACCCAUGAAGGAGCAGGUGGUAGAACUCAGCAUCCAGCUGAAGGGAGAGAACUACAACGACGCCCUGAGAGACCCCUCUAGCUUCUACUACCAACGCGUGGCCAAACAUUUCACCCAUAAGAUUGAAGAUGCAUUUGAAAGGUUACCAGGGUUCAAGAAGGUCUUUGUAGUUGAAUUCAGGCCCCAGAAGGACCUUCAAAGGGGUAUCUUGUCUGUGGUAGUCCACUACGCAGUGACUCUGGAAGUGGACGGGGCAGGCAUCAGUAACGAGACCAUGGACUACAUCAACCUCCAGUCCAACGUGGUGGAGAAGUCUUACCGUGACGCUGUUGAACGCCCCACUGUGGUCUACACCAUAACAGACUUCCGAAACUACAUCACUGAAGCCCUGCACAAGGAGAACUUCAUGAGCAACACAACUCUGGAUGUAGACCCCGAAUCAAUGCAGCAAGAACAAGUUGAUAACUUGUUUCUGGGAGGGAGACCCACCACCAAACCAGAAGAGUCCAAUGACAUGAUGGACAAUGUUCUGGCUGCUGAGAAACCACCAGAUGCUCCUGGCCAAGACUUGGAUGUCAGCGACAUCUUCCUGAAGAAGGAUGAUUUCCUGUUUCCUGUGGACCCUUUGAAAGGCUCCGGGAGCGUUGUGGCCAGUGAAAAUGAUGUGUUCGUUCUGGAUGAAACCACCUUGCCACCCAGCACCACUGCUGUCCCUGCAGAGAAUAAUGGAAAUAUUGAAGAAGAGGGAUUUAUUCUCAGUAACACUCAGCAAGACUCUGAUACUCCCGAUGGGGAUGGUGUGGUCGGUGCUGGAGGCUCCUCUACCUCCUCCCCUUCACAACCACAGACCACAGAGGCCCCGGUCCCGGCACCUCCCAGAGUAAACCCAGAUUUGGAUGUUGGCUCUGGCUCCGGCUUCUCUGGGGAUGACCAAGGGGCUGACGUCGUCCCAUGGUUUCCCGUGACAACUGAGGAGACAGACUACAUAGAGGAGGAGGAGGAUUCUGUGGUCUGUGAGGUGCAUUUACCAGAUCCAGAAGUGGAACCGAAGGAGGAAGAGAAGAAGGAGGAGGAGAAGGGGGAAGAGAUCACCGAAUCUGUCCAGACUGAAUCUCCAGAGGAUAUGGGUCCUUUUGAGUCCCAUCCAGAAUCUGCCCCAGUUGAAGAAGAGCCACAAUGGCAUUUCUUGGACAGACUGCCUGUGACCCAAGACAUUAGUACCCGACCUGACUACACGACCACAGCUGAAGCCCCUGUGUUCUGGACCGCAGAGACCCUGACCGUGGAGCUCUCCAUACAGACGCUGGAGGCCUCUGGGAUUUAUGACAAUUAUUACCCAAGCGAACCAUUCACCAUCAUAGCACCAGUCACUGAUUAUCCCUAUCCUCAGUUUUACACCACUGAGGCCUUGGUGUUGGAAGGGCCAGCAGCUGAGACCCAUGGUUCUGUUGAGGAGCUGUCGGAGCCAACUAGUCCAAUAGAGGUUGAACUCCCCACAGUCACAGAGUCACCUACCUUCAUAGACAUGGAGCUGUUCACAGUCAAGGAGUCCAUCUUCGAUAUGAUCACCUUCGAACCACCAGAGAUCGAAGCCUUCACCGACAGACCUUUACUCUUGGUGCCCGAUCCUGAGGAUGAAGAUGGAGAGGUGGAGAUCUUGGAGGAACAGGGGGCGGAGGUUGCAGGGCCCUUGGCCACAGUACUCCCAGCCCUUGACAUCUCAGAGGAGGACCUAGCUGAAGAUCAAAUCUUUGUUGUGGCUGCAGGUACAGCAGCCCCGGAAGUCAUAGAGUCUCAUAGCAUCUUAUCCCCCGAGAAGGAAUCUCCCUUCUCUCGUAUAUCUGACUCUGUACCAGAAGAGGAGGAAGCCACACACCAUCCAGCCACCACAGAAAUAGCACCACAUGGUGACAUUGAAAUCUCUGAGACACCUGAAAUUGCCCCAACAAUCCUACCUCCAUUCUUCCAGCCCACAUUCAGACCCACAGAAAACCUGCUUGAGGCAGCAGAAGAGUCAGAUGUUAGCAUUGAAGAAGGAGAUGUUAGCAUGGCGCUAGCACCCCCUUCCCCAGCUCACGACACAUACGAACUAGAAGUCGGCACUUCAAUCCAAGCGGUUGGAGACCCUGCACCAGAAUCCCCCAUGUCGGAAAUUGACCUCACCUUCAACGUGUAUGACGGAACGAGUCGCAUGGACGGGGACAGCAGCGGGUACUCCAGCAUCGCCCAUGGAUCAGACAUGGGCAGCAUCGCCAUGGCGAAGAGCCCUGGCAAGGAUCUGAUGGUGUUCUUCAGCCUGAGGGUGACCAACAUGAUGUUCUCUGAGGAUCUCUUCAACAAGAGUUCCACAGAGUACAAAGCCCUGGAGCAGAGGUUCCUCGAACUGCUCGUCCCUUACCUGCAGUCCAACCUCAGCAACUUCCAGAACCUGGAGAUCCUGAAUUUCCGUAACGGCAGCAUCGUGGUGAACAGCAGGAUGAAGUUCGGGAAGCCCGUCUCUCGGGGGGUCACCAACACUGUCUACCUUAUCCUAGAGGACUUCGCUAACUCAGCCUUCCAAACCAUGAACCUCUCCAUAGACAAAUACUCACUGGAUGUGGAAUCAGGCAACCAGGCAAACCCCUGCAAGUUCCAAGCGUGUAAUGAGUAUUCGAUGUGCACGGUGAACCGCUGGUCCGGGGAGGCGGAGUGUGUGUGUGACGCGGGUUACUUCAGCGUGGACGGACUGCCGUGCCAGAGUAUCUGUGACCUGCAGGAGGAUUUCUGUCUCAACGAUGGGAAGUGUGAUGUCAUCCCCGGCAAGGGAGCCAUCUGCAGAUGUCGUGUAGGAGAGAAUUGGUGGUACCGCGGGGAACACUGUGAGGAGUAUGUGUCAGAACCUCUUGUGGUGGGCAUCGCCAUAGCGUCGGUGGCUGGCUUCCUAUUGGUGGCCUCUGGGGCAAUCUUCUUCCUGGCCAGGACUCUGAGGGACGGUUAUGACAAGGAGGAUUCAGAGGAUCCUCUACGAGAUCGGGACAGUGUGCCAUCCUUAGAGAGAGCCACCAAGUUCAACCCCAUGUAUGAGAGUGAUGUGGCCACGGCAGAGUACUACAGACGGUACGAAGACAACGUGCCGCACCACAGUACGGGCAGCGCAGACCCCUCUGUGGACUUCUGCAGUGACGAGAUACUCCAAAUCUACGACAACUCCGAGCUCACCAGAGAGCAAAUUCAGGACCGCCUAAGGAUAAUUGAGCUGUGUGCCAAAGACCGUCAGUUUGCAGACUUUGUACGGCAGCAUCAAGUAGCGCUGGACAGAAGAGCGAGCUCUGAAACAUAGGAAUGCUGGAGAGCCAGCUGAUCACUGUGAACCUCAAGAAACAUGCCUUUGUCUUUGACUUGAGAAAGAGGAAAGUGUCUUCUGUUGCCAUGGUGCUUCUGAUGGACUCUGCAGGAUGACCAGAUGAAGAGGAUGUAUAUUUAAAGAACAUCUUCUCUAUGAGGCGUGAUGUGUUGUGCUGUUGCAACGUGUCACUGACUCUGUUUCUAUGACCUGAUCUUUUUCUAAAGGUGGAAUACACUGUAAAUACUUUGAUUUUUGUUGUUUCAUUUUUUUUCUUCGGUUAUCACAGCCAUCACCUUAUCCUAUGAGCUAGCCUCCUGCUCAGCUAGCCAUCAAACAUCUAGAUACAGUUACUGUCAAAAGGGUUUGCUGCAUUGCACCUCUUACUUGCACAAAUCUGUGAACAAACAACAAACACUUCAAUUGUUGUGUCCUUAGUUAGUUUGGAUGUGUGGGUCCCUUCCUGCUCUGUUCUCCCUAAUCAUGGUCUUCUUCAGUGCCUUCACUUGGUUUCAGUUAGCAUUGUGGGGUGUUGUGUCCUGAAAUGUAAAGCGGCUGCUGGCAGGACCCUUGAAGUUCACUGGAUGUCACUGGAAGGCUACUGUCCUGCAUGGAAACUAACUACUGGUUUAAUCAAUUUUGUUUCCACAUAAUUUCAACCCUCAAAUUCAAUGUGAUGAAGUUGAACUGUUUGGAGUAGAAAAGAGAUAUCAACGUAAGAGAAUUUCAGAUUUUGUUCACCUAACUUUUAACAUAAAUCCAAUGACUUGGUGACAUUUUUUGUUGAUUUCACAUUGAAUUAAAGUUAGUUGACAACUCAACCAAAUCAAAACUAUAUGUAGAACUGACAUCUGUGCCCAGUGGGUACUGACUGGAUGGCACAGGCUAACGCUAUAUAGCUUCCACUGAAAUGAUCAAAUAUCCUGGUUGCUGUACUUACUUGAACAUGAUUUUGGCAAAAAGUUGUAGAUAAUCAAUUGUGUAGACAUACAUUCAUUGUGUAUUUAACUGUUGGAAUGAAUAUAGAUUGAUAUACUGGAAUUGUGAUUGUUAGUAACCCCUUUUGGCCAUAGCCAAUAGCCCAUGAAAACAUGUUUCUCUGAGUUCUCAUUUCUCAAAUCUGACAUCUGCUGCUUUGGGUUAGUCCACGUAUCCAUGACGAUCCCAAGCAACCAUGACGAUCCCAAGCCUUUGUAUAUAUCAGGAGUCGACUGUAUUCAUCCACAUGUUUUGAUGAACCAAAUGUCCUCGACCCAUUGAAAAAGGGGUUAAAUGUGUACGUUGUCUCUGUUGAUGUGUUUUCUAUGUUUUCUCAUAGUUCAGAGACUAACAAGACAAUGGGGUUAUGAUCUGUGUUGUGUAUGUUAGACUUACUGGUUGAAAGCCCACAGACACUUUUUGUAAUAAAAUGGCAAUAUUUUUUACAAUA